UAGAGGAAGUGGGAGGUGGGAGGAUAUGUUCUAAUUCUUGUUCUUUAGCAGGAGUAGAAUGGGAAGUUGAGGGCUAUGUAUGGUAGGUGAACUGAGAGGGUCUAUAUAAACAAGUCUAGCAGGCUAGAGAGCUCCCUUGGGAAGAGUAUAGAAGUUUGUAGGACAGGGCACUGUUGAGGUGUUGGAUCAUGGGAAGGCUAGUUGCCAAGAGCUGGGAUGAGUCCAAGAAGAUGUGGCACAUAGGAGGGCCUGCAAUACUUACAGGAGUGUUCCAGUUCUCCGUUGGGUUUGUCACUGUGGCCUUUGUUGGGCAUCUGGGAGAUGUCGAGCUUGCUGGGGUUUCGAUCGCACUGAGCGUCAUCGAAACCUUCGCUUUUGGGAUUCUGCUAGGCAUGGGGAGUGCAUUGGAAACGCUCUGUGGUCAAGCUGUUGGUGCUGGACAACUUCACAUGCUAGGAGUUUACAUGCAACGAUCAUGGGUUAUUACUGAAGUCACAGCAUUGGUUCUAUCACCAGUCUAUGUGUUCGCAUCACCCAUCUUAAAGCUACUUCGACAGUCCAAAGAUAUAUCAGAGGUUGCAGGCAGAUAUACUAUAUGGGUAAUCCCUCAAUUGUUUGCCUAUGCCAUGAACUUUCCUCUGCAGAAGUUUUUCCAAUCUCAGAGCAAAGUAUGGGUCAUGGCUGCGAUUAAUGGUGUGGUUCUGGGCAUCCAUGCUCUGCUAAAUUGGAUUUUUGUAACAAAAAUGGGUCAUGGGUUGCUGGCUACAGCAAUCAUUGGGAACGUUUCUUGGUGGCUUAUAAAUUUGGGUCAGAUGGCUUAUCUUGUAUCUGGCUUUUUCCCUGAAGCAUGGAAAGGCUUUUCUAUGUUAGCAUUCCAAAACCUGGCAGCUUUCGUCAAACUGUCACUUGCAUCAGCAGUAAUGUUAUGCUUGGAGCUUUGGUAUUAUACUGCUGUUAUUAUUCUGGUGGGUUGCUUAAAAAAUCCACAAAUUGCUGUCGGCGCUAUUUCUAUCUGCAUGAACUAUCAACUUUGGACAUUGAUGGUAGCUCUGGGUCUUAAUGCUGCAGUGAGUGUACGAGUAUCUAAUGAACUUGGAGCAAAUCACCCGAAAGCGGCGAAGUUUGCUGUAAUUGUUUCUGUUUCCACAUCACUCUUCUUUGGGUUCAUUUUUAUGGCCAUAGUUCUCAUCUCCAGAAAGCACAUACCAAAGGUUUUCACAGAUGUACCUGAACUGAUAAGAGAAACAUCUAAACUGGUAUAUCUUCUGGGUGCUACAAUCCUUCUGAACAGUGUUCAGCCUGUUCUAUCUGGAGUGGCAAUAGGAGCAGGUUGGCAAACCUCGGUUGCCUUUAUAAAUGUAGCAUGUUACUACCUUCUUGGGUUGCCCCUGGGAGCCGUUCUUGGCUUCAAGUUCAAGCUUAAUGAACUAGGCAUUUGGGUGGGGAUGUUAAUGGGGACUCUGGUGCAAACAGUUAUUCUGCUACUGAUUACAUUCAGAACUAAAUGGGAAAAAGAGGCUAUGCAAGCAGAGGAGCGCAUCAGGACAUGGGGAGGACAACAUGAGUCUCAAUCAGCUUCAUGCGCACAAGAGGCACAAGCUCUAUGAAGAUGAUCCUUUGUCCCAUAAGUUUAUAGCACCUUAAAAGUGCAACCUUCAACAGCAUGAAAUGCCCAUACCACAAUGUCUCAAGGCCAAAUUCCUACUUCUCAUUAGAAGCUGCAAAAGAGGAACUACAUCAAGCCAGUGAGCUAUUAUCAAUUAAUUGUAUCCUGUUGUUCUUGACUCUUGCUCCUGCAGGGCGAGUAAUUUGAUGACUACAUUUUGCCUAAUGAGGCACAUUAAGCAAGGAGUGAUCUAUAUCAUUUUCUUAAUCUUGCAACAAAUGAAGAGAGAAUUUAUAAUUA